CACCCUUGUGGCCCCGCCUGCGCCGGUGUGGCCGCCUCUUCCAACCUCAGCUCGACCUCCGCCCUCUUGGCCCCGCCUCCCGCGGCCCCCGGUGGACCUGGGCGGUCGCCCGCCUCCGCUAUGGCCGCGCCGGUGACGCGGCAGGUCAGCGGCUGCGCAGGUCGGGUCCUGAGCCCGAGCUCGGACACAGCACGCGGGCAGCCACUCGCAGAUGCCGUAGCGGAGCUGCCGGUGUUGGACGCGUCCGGGAGACGGGUGACGUUCGGCGCGCUGUUCCGGGAGCGGCGGGCCGUGGUGGUGUUCGUGAGGCAUUUUUUGUGUUACGUCUGUAAAGAAUACGUCGAGGAUCUGGCCAAAAUCCCCAAGAGCUUCCUCCAAGAAGCAGAUGUAACCCUCAUAGUGAUUGGACAGUCAUCAUACCAUCAUAUUGAGCCUUUCUGCAAACUAACUGGAUAUUCUCAUGAAAUCUAUGUUGAUCCUGAGAGAGAAAUUUAUAAAAGAUUGGGAAUGAAAAGAGGUGAAGAAAUUUCUUCCUCAGGACAGAGCCCCCACAUAAAGUCCAGCCUGCUCUCAGGAAGCCUUCAGAGCCUGUGGCGAGCAGUCACUGGCCCGCUUUUUGACUUCCAAGGAGACCCAGCUCAGCAAGGUGGAACCCUCAUUUUAGGUCCAGGUAACAGCAUCCACUUUGUGCAUCGAGACAGGAAUAGGUUGGAUCACAAACCCAUAAACUCUGUUUUACAGCUUGUGGGAGUUCAGCCUGUGAACUUCAUGAGCAGACCUACAGUUAUCCAUGUGUGACUUCACGUGGGAUCUUCCACUUGUGAAUGGGCCCUUGAAACGUGAACCAAAAUGCCAGGCAUCAUAGCUUUAUGAGGUUAUGAAAACACAAAGCUCAUGUGCCUAUAGAACUCUAUGCUGAGAGGCAUCAGUUGUCAAACAUGGGAUAGUAAUUUUGAAUUUUAUAGCUUCUAUAAUUAUCCAUUCAAUAAAAUAUUUUUGGCAACUAAAAUAUUAGAAGGAGGACUGGAAAGAUUGUUCAGUGGUUAAGAGCACUUGCUUCUCUUACAGAAGACCCAGGU